CGGCAUUUUGUUCACGCCGAGCCACCAUUCCGAGAACCUGGGAAAGGAAGGGAUAUGCAUGUUGCAGAAUUUCUUUGAUCUCAUAGCGUAAUCUUCCACCUGCAUGAUCCCCGAGCGAUCUCCAAGCGACGCGGGCUUUGAUUUUUGGCUUUUAAGAUGUCCAUCGCCGCCGCCGCCGGCGCCCUCACGCUGCCCCAUCGCUCUCCAUGAUCCGCUACAUGGCACAGUCGAUUGCCAACGUCGAUUUAUGCACUGUGUUGAUACCUCGUGAGCAUGGUUGAUACGCUGCAGCCGGCCGCGUUGGCCAUAAUAGGGGUUUCGUUGUUCCUCAGUACAGUCUUUUUUGCUCUACGCAUCGGCGCGAGAAUCUUACAAGUGAAGACGGAGAGGCAUUACGACAAAUUAAUAAAGUGGAGUGAUGGCUUCCUCCUCGCCGCCUAUGUUCUCGUCGCCGCCGAAUCAUGUGUUAUUAUAAGAUAUACCCUCUACACCUGGCAGGGUUACCACAAAGCGGACAUCCCGCAUCUUAGCAUCGAGCAAAAAGUCACAGGCGGGAAGUACAACAUCGCGAACCAGCUGCUCUACAACCCGAUCCUCUCCCUCGUCAAGGCCUCCGUGAUCUUCUUCCUUCUCCGAAUCGGCAACACGCACCGCAUCGCGCGGAUCUCUCUGUGGGUUGCACUCGCCCUAAACCUCGCUCUCGCAAUCGCCAUCGUCUUCGCCUGUGCCUUCCAAUGCACCCCAGCGCGUUAUGUCUACGCCGCGGCCCAGAUGGACUACGAUGCUCAGAUAGCAGCUGGCGCGGAUAGCGACGGCAAGGUCAAUGGCGAGGUGGUAAAAGGAGGGCACUGCUUUCAUCAGGUCCAAUUCUUCCUUAUUAGCGCAGGACUUGCCGUCCUGACCGACCUGAUUGUGCUAGCUAUCCCGACGGUCAUCGUCUGGGACCUGAAGAUGUCACGGAGGAGGAAGCUUGUUGCUAUUGGCAUGCUAAGCGCUGGCGCUAUUGUAACUGCCGUAUCCAUCGCCCGCAUCGUCGUCUACAACUGGCGCUUCUCCCCGAAUAACCACGACCAGACCUACGGUGUCGGCUACACCAUCUCCUCGAUCGAAGCCAAUCUCGCCGUAGUAACCGGCAGCAUCCCCGCCCUGAAACCCCUCGUCACCCGCUUCGUCCCGCGCUUCUUCUCCAACGACAAGGACUACAGCGAUCGGCCGUCGGGCUACCCGCGUGGACACAGGAGUAAGAGUGGACCGAAGAGCGACAAGGACCAUCAUGCCCUCGACACAUUCGGCGCGCAGGUUGGCGGCUGGAAGGGGUCGGGGCGGCGGACUGAGGCGUGGUCGAGCGAUGAGCAUAUUCUCACGCGGCCGGAGGAGAUUAGGAGGAAUGUGGAGGUGGAUAUUACAUUCAGCGAGGCGACUUCCGAUGACGGGAAGGGGCCACAGAGUCUACGAUAGGGCAGGCUCUAGAGAUGGGUUGAAUGAGGUUUAAAAAGACCCCUUUGAGCUUUGAGGGUGGCGCUUGGUAAGGGGAUGGAACAGAUAUACCCUAUGGCGCUGAUGCUGGCGUUUCCAUCGAUAUACAUCUUAUCGAACUUACACAUGUUUUUCGGACGUAAUGGGACUGGCUCUUAGUAUUGGAGUUUUGGAAUGAGUUCAGCGACCCCCCUAUACCCACCCAUUGGAACUUGUCCAGCCAAGUUCUGGGGCGCAAGAGGUGCUAGGGGAAGUGCAGCACACAGGAUGUGCAAUCAGCACAGAGGAGGACGACGAUACCCGUGCGACCCAAAGCCCAUGAGGAUGGCUUGAAACCCCAUCUCUCCAUACAUAUUUACGCGGCAACUACGACCAAAUAGAAGCAUUUAAUUACCUAUAACUAUAAUAAUAACCAUUUCAGACCAUUUUCGACAAGCUACUCACUCUAAAAUGAUUCAAAUACGUUCUAUCAGCUCAAGUUGCAGUUCUCAAAUCCCCAGCUAUCCACUGCACUUCAAUCCCCAUAGUCUUAGGCGCCACCCGUACAUCCCGCCCCCUAAAACAAUAGCUGCGGCAUUUGCUUUGAAGCCAUCGUAUCCCGCGGCACUUGUAUACGAGCCUGUGGUGGGGAUCCCGGCGGCCCCGAGUCUGAGCGCAAUAACGCCAAGGGAGGGCCUGCCAGGGAAGUUGCCCGCGUCCUGGUACUUGGCAGUCUGGGGUACGCCCCAUUUCAUUGUCGGGCCUAUUCUGAGACAGGAACGCCCAUGUUUGGUACUGGAGGGAAGCGAUCGAUUCGUCGUCCUUAUUUGAGUUUUGGGGUAAACUCCGCUGGGAUCGGAGGCUUCGGAGGGCCUGGAAUGUGUCACUCGGAGCGCACGGUGAUCUGCAGAUCGUAAUUUUUGCGAAUAGUUGCUGUUGAGGCCGCCAGAGAUGACGGACCUUGGCAGAGAUCUCACGGAGAUCUAGGGGCGGGUGUGGGCUGUGGGG